AUGCAAAAUUCAGCCAAUAUUCAUUUAUUAUUUCUUGCCUGCAGCGAUUUUCUGGUGAUUGUAACGGGUCUUUUUAUAUUUUGGAUUGACUCUGCUCGGUCCUAUAUACCGGAAUUGGCGAGAGCACCGUACACGACCGUCUAUAUCCUACCAUUUGGGUAUAUGGCUCAAACAUGCAGCAUCUACUUCACCGUGGCUGCCGCUUUCGACUGCUUCGUAAAUGUUUGUUGGAAAUCCGUGUCCAACGACCACUGCACGACGCGUCGAGCCAAGCAGAUCUGCUCUACCGUCAUCGUCGCGUCGAUCAUCUACAAUUCGUUGCGAUUUCCUCAGUUUAACCUCAGGAAGUGCUUUCAUGAUACUAGUGGGGUGAGUCAGACAUGUUACUCGGAUGCUUACGAGAAAAUCCAUUAUUUGUGGUUUACUAACCCUUAUUCUAUCUAUUUAUACAUCUUUACUUAUUUUUCAACCUCAUUGGCCCUUCACAGCUUCUGA